AUGUUUUCAGGGUACAUCCUUGUUACAAAAUGCAUCAAACCUUCGUUCUGUUUUAUGGCAAGUUCCAAGGAGGGCUUUGGGUCAGUGGAGAAGGUCGUGCUACUCAUGUUUCUCUCGGCGGUCAUCCUGAUGGCCAUCCUGGGCAACCUGCUGGUGAUGGUGGCUGUGUGCAGGGAUAGGCAGCUCAGGAAAAUAAAGACCAAUUAUUUCAUUGUAUCUCUUGCCUUUGCUGACCUGCUGGUUUCGGUGCUGGUGAUGCCUUUUGGAGCUAUUGAGCUGGUUCAAGACAUCUGGAUUUAUGGGGAGAUGUUUUGCCUUGUCCGGACAUCUCUAGACGUCCUGCUCACAACAGCAUCAAUUUUUCACCUGUGCUGCAUUUCCCUGGAUAGGUACUAUGCCAUCUGCUGCCAGCCUUUGGUUUACAGGAAUAAGAUGACCCCUCUGCGUAUCGCGUUAAUGCUGGGAGGCUGCUGGGUCAUCCCCAUGUUCAUCUCUUUUCUCCCAAUAAUGCAAGGCUGGAAUAACAUUGGAAUAGUUGAUUUGAUAGAAAAAAGGAAAUUCAACCAGAACUCCAACUCUACAUACUGCAUCUUCAUGGUCAACAAGCCCUACGCCAUCACCUGCUCUGUGGUGGCCUUCUACAUCCCGUUUCUCCUCAUGGUGCUGGCCUAUUAUCGCAUCUAUGUCACCGCCAAAGAGCAUGCCCACCAGAUCCAGAUGUUACAACGGGCAGGCGCCCCCUCAGAGGGCAGGCCCCAGCCAGCUGACCAGCACAGCACUCAUCGCAUGAGGACAGAGACCAAAGCGGCCAAGACCCUGUGCAUCAUCAUGGGUUGCUUCUGCCUCUGCUGGGCUCCAUUUUUUGUCACCAACAUUGUGGAUCCUUUCAUAGACUACACGGUCCCCGGGCAGCUGUGGACUGCUUUUCUCUGGCUCGGCUAUAUCAAUUCCGGGUUGAACCCCUUUCUCUACGCCUUCUUGAAUAAGUCUUUCAGACGUGCCUUCCUUAUCAUCCUCUGCUGUGAUGAUGAGCGCUACCGGAGACCUUCCAUUCUGGGCCAGACUGUGCCCUGUUCAACCACAACCAUUAAUGGAUCCACACAUGUACUGAGGGAUGCAGUGGAGUGUGGUGGCCAAUGGGAGAGUCAGUGCCACCCGGCAGCAAGUUCUCCUUUGGUGGUUGCUCAGCCCAGUGACACUUAG